CAGACUCCCCCGAACGAACUAUACAAACCGUAAAAUAAAUGUCACGCGAAAACGACGAGGAGGUUCGCCAUUAGCCAGAAAUGGAAAACAUUUACCGAUUCAAAAAGAGAAUGGUGUUUCCAGAAAAACUAAUCUUGGACCAAGUGGACGAGGGUAGAUCGGCGUCAACCUCUUGGUGCAACGAACCGUUGGAGAACCACAGUAACGUAGUCAACGUUAAAACGUUCGCGACCAAGAACCACUUGGAAAAAGCACGUGAUGAAGAAAGAAGGGUCCAUAGUGCGUCUAAUGAAAGUGCGACGGAAACGCACCACCAGUUCAUCCAAGAUAGGAUUCGGCAUUUGGUGGACGCUUUUUCCACCAGGGCACAUGCGGCGAGACAACGGUUGGACGGACCGGAAACACCGUCAUCUUUAAGUUCAUCCGGAGAAAUGGACAAUAACAGCACCCAAGUGGAAUCAAAACCACGUCUGAGCGUGGCCUUUUCAGAUAAAUACGAGCAAGAUGACGGGUACGAGCCGGAAUUUAAAAUCACCACCGCUGGAUGUCUUGGGAGAUGCUUGAACCAUAUCCAGAUAGUCGAUCCCAAUGGAAAAACUUACGUUUUCUGGAUGUUCGUGGUAACUUUGGCGGUUCUUUACAAUGCAUGGGUAAUACCAUUGAGAUCCACAUUUCCGUAUCAGACGGCUCAAAAUCGGGCAGGUUGGAUGACCUUCGACUAUAUCGCGGAUAUAAUUUAUAUAAUCGAUGUGAUCCUGAUACAGCCCCGGGUCAAAUAUUUGCACGAGGGCUUCUGGGUGACAGAGAGGAAUUUAUUAAGGCAGAACUUUAUUAAAAAUAAACAUUUUAAGUUGGAUGUCAUGUCUCUCAUCCCGCUGGAUCUCUUGUAUUUUAUAACAGGACCGGACCUAGUGAUCCUGAGAUUUCCGAGGUUCUUUAAGAUGCACACUUUUUGGGAAUUCUUCAGUUUGGUGGAUCGAAGACUCGCGAAUCCUUACACUAUACGUAUUACGAAAACCUUCAUUUAUAUGAUGUACUUGAUCCACCUUAACGCGUGUGCUUACUAUGCUUUUUCCAUUUACGAAGGGAUCGGGAGCAACAGUUUCGUGUAUAACGGCCAAGGGAACGCUUACAUAAAAUGCUUUUAUUUUGCAACGAAAACCGCCACCUCUAUUGGGAAAAACCCGAAACCGUCGCAAGAGUUGGAGUAUAUUUUUAUGACGUUUUCCUGGCUUAUGGGGGUGUUCGUAUUUGCGCUCCUCAUCGGUCAAAUUCGGGACAUUAUUUCCACAGCGACCCGAUCCAAAACCGAAUAUCGAAAAUUGGUCGACGAAACGUUGGAGUACAUGCGCAGGAUGAACUUGCCCCAAGAAAUGCAAAGGAGGGUCCAGUUGUGGUUUAGUUACACUUGGGAGACUCAGCACACCUUAGACGAGAAUAAUAUCAUGGAUUGCCUGCCGCAUAAGAUGAAAACCGACAUAGCGAUCAACGUGCACAUACAGACCUUAAGUAAAGUGAAACUGUUUGCUGACUGCGACGAAGCCCUAAGGCGAGAACUGGUGCUGGAGCUUAAGAGUGUAAUAUACUUGCCAGGGGAUAUAAUUUGUAAAAAAGGUGACAUCGGUACCGAAAUGUACAUAAUCCAGUCUGGAAAGGUGCAAGUUAUCGGCGGUAAGGACGGCAAUGAGGUGUUGGCCACCCUGUCAGAGGGAAGCGUUUUUGGGGAGAUCAGUUUGCUUGGUAUACCCGGGAUGAAUCGUAGAACUGCAGAUGUGCGGUCCUAUGGGUACUCCAACCUAUUCGUUCUCGAUAAAACCUCCCUGAACCAAGCUCUAUCCCACUAUCCGGAAGCUCAAGAUUUGCUCAAUAAAAAAGCGAAAAUGCUCAUGAAAAAGAACGCCGCGUUGGAGCGUAAAAACAACGCGAUGAUUGUCAUUAAAAACCCCACGUCUCCUGAAAAACAUGCCAAGUUAUUAGAAACGGUGUUACAGGUCCUUCCACCGGACUCGAAAUCUAACCGACUCUUGCGGUACGGGAGUCGUCAAGCCCCCCGAAGAAACCCCGCAAACGAUAGGUUUAAAUACCGAAAUAGUUUGCCAGCAAUUAAAAAUUACCAGGGGUUAGAUCAGGAGGUGAUCGAUAACAAUAAUGACCCAAAACAGUGCGAUGUAACAGACAGUGCGUCAAGUUCCAGCGAGUAUGAAGAAGAGGCCAAAAUUACCGUGCAUAGGACCCUAAGUUAAACAGACAUUGAUUUCAUUAAUAAAAUGGACUGGUUUAAUGUUUUUUUUUUGAGGGAACUUAUUGUCUGAGCGUUCUAGCAGUAAGAUCGUUAAAUAUGAUGUAAUUUCUGAGGAAGAUGUUUUAAGUGCAGGGAUUAAGUUAGAUGUUUAUGUAUAUAAGAAGCUGUCACAAGAAAGUUAUGUAUUUUUAAAUAAAUGGAAUGUUACAAGAA